GAACUCCGGUUUCUGUGUCUGUCAAAUUAUUUAGCUAGCAACAUUAGCUAGCUAGCUGGGAUGACACCCAAAGGAAUGCUGAGCAGCUUGUGCGGAAAUUAAACUGGAAAACGUGUUCACAUCUCUGUGAAAGGGACUUUUACAGAUCUCGAGCAAACAGGCAGCGGAUGGCCUGGACAGCACUUGUCGUGGGACCUACAUAAAAAUAGGGACACCAAUCUGAUCCUCUGAAUGAGUAAUGAACCUAAACCCGUUCUGGAGCAUGUCUGCCAAUCCAAGUCGUAAGCAGAGAUCUGAUAACGAGGACCAGAGCGGGCACGGGGAGCAGAGAGCCAGCCCAGCUCGGUUGUCCUUCGGCAAAAAGCAGCUUCCACCCAUUCCUAAGAAUGCAGUCCCCAUUACCAAGCCUGCAUCAACAGGCACUCCAGUCCAGUCAGCCAAUGGCACACAUGCCUCCUAUGGCCCUUUUUACUUGGAGUACUCUCUGCUGGCUGAAUUCACACUAGUGAUUAAGCAGAAACUCCCUGGAAUUUACGUCCAGCCAUCCUACAAGUCGGCUCUAAUGUGGUUUGGGGUCAUAUUCAUCAGACAUGGGUUAUACCAGGACGGUGUCUUCAAAUUCACAGUCUAUAUCCCAGAUAACUACCCAGAUGGAGAGAGUCCUAAAUUAGUGUUUGACAUCCCAGUCUUCCAUCCCCUUGUUGACCCAGUGUCAGGAGAGCUUGAUGUCAGAAGAGCUUUCACCAAAUGGAGACGGAAUCACAACCACAUCUGGCAAGUUCUGAUGUACGCACGAACGGUUUUUUACAAGAUCAACACGACUGAACCACUCAACCCAGAGGCUGCUGUGCUAUAUGAAAAGGACGUGCAGUUGUUCAAGAGCAAAGUGGUGGAUAGUGUGAAACUGUGCAACAGUCAUCUUUUUGACCAGCCCAAGAUAGAUGAUCCCUAUGCAAUAAGCUUUUCUCCAUGGAACCCAGCUGUACACGAAGAAGCAAAAGAGAGAAUGUUCACAUACAAAAGACGGCCUGAGGAUCACCACAAGGGAACACAGGUGUCGGGGUUGUCUUGGGUAAAGCCUGGAUCUACGCAGCCCUUUAGCAAAGAAGACAAUCCUCCCCAGAGCUGAACCUGCAGUGUUGCAGCAGUGGCCACUAGAGGGAGGCACCAGCAUCGGACGCCACACCACUGGCUUGCCUCAACUGCCCAUCUGAACUGGACGCUUGAAACAGUUGGGAGAACUUUGUAUUAAAUCUACGUUAUUGCUCAGCUUUAAAAGCUUUGUAGGCAUCUCCUCAAAUAGCUUUAGUGUAAGGAAACCAAGUUUGUAUCAUAUGCGAAUCGACGAUGACAAAUGGAUGUGUCACCAACAUCAUUUAGGCUGUGAUGCAAUCAAAGCGCAUUCUCACUUUGAUUUUUAGUUCCACACAAGUGUUUGGUUAGGUGAUAACAUACUGUCCCAAAAGGAGGUGAGACGUAUGAGCAAAGCUAUUUGCAUUCAUAUGGUAAGUGCAGUGGAGUGCAUGAUCAAUGCCACUUGUAGAAAUUGGCUCAGGACUGUUUAUUUGUCAGACUUGGAAUGUCAUCAGUCACAACUGUGUGAAUGAAACAUCCUAAUCACACCCUCUCCUAGUACCCAGUUAGGUUGACAUGAUAUGUUUUAUAUUUGUUACUUAUGGGACAAUGAUUUCUUUAUAUUUCUACUGUGUAAACUAUGUCUUACAUAGUUCCUAAUAUAUGUAUAAAGCAGAGCAGGCAAGUAUGGUUUUAAUUAAGAUGCUAAAUAAGUAAGCUCGAGUAUUUUAUUUUGUCUGAUUUUAAAUCAUUUUGAAUGUGUUAUGUACCUUUGGUUAUUGGUUAUUAAAGGUUUGAUGUGUAAAUAAUGGAUCCUGUGCUACAGUUUGACUUUGAGACAUAUCUGCAUUGACGCUUUGAUUUUGUAAGUGAAUGUUUCGAUUUUUCUUCCCAAAUUACUGUAAAUUAUUUAAGCUCCCAAGUCAAAGAAGUUACUGCAGGAUUCCUGCAGAAGUCUGAAGGAAAGUGACAAAUGUAUUUUGAUAAGGUUUAGUUUUUAACUACUUUUUGAACAGCACAAAAUGACGGUAAUAUACCCUCAAGUUCCAGAAAAAUAUCAGUGUGUACUUGAUGUCGUCAUCUGAAGAGCCCUCUGGCUUGAUAGUAAAAUUGCUCCUCCACUUUAAAUAUGCAAAUAUUGCCGGAAAAGGAUGGAAUGUUUAAAAUACGUGGGAAUCCCACAAGGAAAUGACCAUAUAAGAAUAGCAAAUAUGGUGCUGAAACCUGUUAGACCUAUUUAUAGCUGCUGUGGAAGGCAAGGAUGUAACAAAAUCACAGUGUACCUCACACACACUGUCAUUUGGGCUGUUGGCAUCUUCAAAAGGGAGUUUUAAUGUGUUCUGUAUUGAACCAUUCCUUCUCCACUGUAUCGAUGACAUGAGAUUCAAAUGUUUUGUUUUUCUUUGAAAUCAAUAAAAGGAUUUUAAAAAGCC